UGUGUCCCUCCUGGAGAGGGUCAUGUUGGGAGGUAUGUUAAUACCACAGUGUGCCCGGCCCCGUUAUCAUCAGCACCUUUGCUGAUUCUGCCUGCAGCACAGCAAAAAGUCACUCAACUGGAUGCAAUGGCAACAUAUAGACAACUUGAUGACUUAAGACUGGAUUUUCAUGUUUGGAACACGGAUGACUCAUCAGACCAAGAUCUGCAGCUCAGCAAUGGAGAUGAUUCCCAGAAACACCUUAUGCAAACAGCCUAUUUUUCCUGUGAUGAGCAGAUGCUUGACACUGUCUUUCAAGUAUGUGAUUCAGAAGAAAGAGGAAAGGUAUCGGUGACCCAGAUAAUUGAUUACUUGAAUAGUGUGACGGAUAAUAGCCGUGACGGAAAUCGUAUCCAGAGACUCCGUACGAUGUUGGACCCAGAUAAUCAGGGUAUCCUGGUAGAUCAGCAGACAUUCCGAACGGUCAUGGCCAAGUGGAUUUCCAGCUGCUUUCAGGACAGGGAAUUACAUGAAGCAAGGGACGAUCAGAUAUUUAUGAAAGAUUUCCAACAGCCAUUUACAGAGAAGCAAUUCUCCAGUAUAUCACAGCUAGAGGGAUACGGCGGCCAUGUCUAUAAAUAUAUGGGAGAACCAACAGAUCUAGUGAGCAAGAUUACUGACCUUACCUUUUCAAACAAAAAAUUGAUGGACCAGAAAAUAAAAUUACAAAGGAACCUGGAGUUAGCUGAGGAAACACAGGCUAUCCUGACAGAGGAAAUAUCGGAUUUAAAAAACAAACUUAAAAGUUCCAAACAGGCAAUGCAUCAAGUCCAAUCUAUUUGCAAUGAGCUUGAAGAUAUGAAGACUUUUGCCAAAAGUUUAGAAGACAAAAUGGGUAUCUUGUGUACUGAGACAAAACAGAUGCAAAAGGACACUAUUUUGUUGUUCAGCCAGAAGCAGAUUUUACAGGAUGAGAAUAAUAAGCUACUCACAGACAAAGAAAAGGUGCAGGAGACGCUGGAUAGUCUUAGCGUGGAAAUUUUCAAGCUUGUGCAGCAACUGUGUGAAUAUGAAAACUCACUUUUAUACAAGGAUAAGAUUUUGGCACAGAAAUCUAUCGAGUUAGAAGAACUACAGGGACUAGUGGAAGAACACAAAUGUUUGUUAGAGGAGUGUAAAGUUGAAAAGAAUAAUUUACAAGAACAGCUUACACAGAUGCAUGAGGACCUGGCCAUACAUGCACAUCUUUCCCAGAACCAGUGUUCCAGCAUUCCAUCAGUCCAGUCUGUGUGUAAGGAGCUAGAAGAAAUACAAACGUGGAGACAGAAUCCAACGUUUGGGCCUUUGUGUGGUAUAUCUGGAUAUAUAAAUUCUCUGGAUGACAACAUGAUGGUGGAUGAUAUUUUGGAGAAGGCAGAAAUAAUGCUUGUUCAACUUAAGCAAGGAUUGGAUAUGCAACUUACAAACUUAAAUGAAAUAUCUUUAGCUGCCCAGUCAGUCACUUAUCUGGAAGAAAAAAGAAGCAUCUUGCUUCAGAGCCUCGGUUACCUGGUCCAGUUUAAGUGUGCCUGGGAAACACUGACAAGCAAGUUACAUGGAACAUCGCAGACUAGCACUGACAACGUGUUGUCAUCAGCACCAAGGACAAGAUCUCCUAUAGAGUGGUCGUUAUUACCUGUGAACAACCAACUAACACCACACCAUAGACAAAAUUGGACAUGCAACAAAAUCUUACUAACUGGAGGUAGUAUAUCUCGGUUAAAUCUGAAAGGUGGCUGCUCUUUUGCUCAGUUAAGGACAAGGAUUGGAUCUUACAUUACGGUUCCAAGGCUAUUGCUGGCAACUCUUCUUUAUGUCUUCCUGUUUUUUCCAAGAUGGUCGGGGGAGCAUAUCUGGACAGUUAUGGUAAAAACCAUGUUGCCUCACUUCAAGAUGGAACAUCUGAGUCUCCCACCAAUUUAAAGUUACAGUGUAGAGGUUGUGGAAGUGUACACACACAUCAUUGUAGCAGUAAACUAUUACAUAUAGAUUACUAGUAUAAAAUAAAUUAA